UUUAAGAUAGAAGUGCUAAUGAAUGGAAGAAAACAUUUUGUUGAAAAGAGAUACAGUGAAUUUCAUGCUUUGCACAAAAAGCUUAAGAAAUGUAUAAAAACUCCAGAAAUCCCUUCUAAACAUGUUAGGAACUGGGUCCCCAAAGUCUUGGAACAGCGACGACAAGGCUUGGAAACAUACUUACAGGCUGUCAUUUUAGAAAAUGAAGAACUUCCCAAACUGUUUCUUGAUUUCCUAAAUGUGCGACACUUGCCCUCUCUACCAAAGGCAGAAAGUUGUGGAUCUUUUGAUGAAACAGAGUCUGAAGAGUCAAGCAAACUGUCCCACCAGCCUGUGCUGCUGUUCCUCAGGGAUCCAUACGUCUUGCCUACAGCCAGCGGUAAUCAAACCUGUCAUCUGCUAACAGCUCUUUACUGAUCUGACCCUGCACCACAUAAACCACGUUUUUAAUACAGAUUUUCCAAAUGUGGUUAUUGAAGGAGUCCUCCAUGGGAUAUUUUACCCUCAUCUACACCCCAGGUAGAAAUCCUACAUGGCUAAAAGAAGCAGAAGCAAGUUUUGAAGUCACAGUCAAGGAAAUCAAUACUUACCAAAUUAAUCUAAACGCUAUGAUAUAUAACAGCUCUAGCUAGUGGUAAAGUGUACAGUCCCAGCUUAAUUCAGGGCAGGGACAUUUCCAUUAGAACGGUGCUCUUAAAAAUAGAAACUGAACCAGGGCGGUGGUCAGUCUAAGGCCAAGUGUUUAAGAAGUAGAGUGUAACUGCCAGCAUAGAAACCCACGAAAAGGAGGCCACAAGAUAUUCCUGGGAGCACUGAGUGUAGCAAAACAAAGCUACUCUCUGCUUCAGUCGCACCAUUUGCUAAUUGGAAAUCAUAUCCUGAAUCAUACUGAGACUGAUCAACUUUGGUAGCUUUUUUGUUCAGAUCUUAUGACACACUACUCUUCUCACCAUGAGAUUUUCUCAGCCAGUGAUAGUACAUUCUGAAAUGCUGGCACCAGGAGACGGUCACAGACACUCACUGCUAAAUGUGAAGAUGGAACUAAACUGGAAGUUAAAUUAUACUGACAAUAUUAUGGCAUUUUUAAAGAUCAUGGCAUUUUAAUUUACAUUAGAGUGGAGUUGCAUCAUACUCAGGGGUUAGCUUCCAAGGUCAGUACAUAGGUAAAAUGGGCUAUUAGGAUGAUCCUUGAAAGCCCUUUAGAAGGGUGCCAUGUUGGAAACCUGUACAUCCACUACAAGUAGCUUUUCCCCCCCAUGUUGGAAAAAAAGACUGUUUCUUUGUUUGAAAAUCAAGUGAAGUUGUUGGUGUUUGUUUAGGGGUCAUUUUGUUUAAAAAAAAAAAAAAAAAAAAAAAAGCACAUACCUUUUAACACUAGAAUCAUAGCCUUGCAAGAUGCUUGCCCCGCUAGUGGCAGAUGUGAACUGACAAGGAGCGAAGCACCCACCCAGCAGAUAGACAGCACCCACCUGGGUUUCCUCGAGGGUGUGCAUUCAUCAUAGGUGGGAUCACCACAGGAUUUCAUGUUAUUUUCCUUAUGGCUUCCUUUUCACUGACCUCAUGUGUUGAGUUAAUGUAAGUUAAAGGUGUUUAUGAUAUAAUUCCUCUGUACAUCAUACUUUGAGUAGUAAAGGAUAAAAGCAUAUGUACUACCUAUAUGUAUGUGCUGUAUGUGGGCAUUUCAUUGAGAUCUAAUUAAUAGCUAGCCUAUUUAUGGUUAUUCAUUUUAAUAAGUUCUGUGGGGGGCAAGUAUUUAAAAUCAAAACUAAUAACUACAUCAUGGUUUUUGAUUAGGAUCUAAAUAUUCAGGUUUUAAGCCUGCUGCAAACUUUUAAAGUUAUUAUAGAUUCUGUUACUACAUGUUGAAAACAAGCAAGAACAAAAUAAUCAAGUGUUGUCAACCAAAAAUAACUUAAUAGUCGGGUAUUGGAGAUUUUUUUUAAUGUUUUUAUGUUAUUAGCUAUUUGGAGUUAAAUAAAAACAAAGAACAAGGAAA